CCUCGCUGCACAGUGGCCGUGUAAGUGAUCUUGUCGCGUGCCCUUUCCGUGGCGGGAUCGGCCGCUCCCUCUCCUUGCUCGGCAACAGCAACUGACGAAUUGUGCAUUAGGUAUACGGGCACCGAGUGUGACGGGGAUGGCUAUACGUAUGGGUCAGUCCAGACACAGUACGAAUCGGGUUGCAUCGAUUUCAUGGAUGACUUGCCCGUGAAUGGGACCAACGGCCUGUAUGGCGACUGGACCCAUGGUGCUAGGUCUGUCAGAGUGUUCUGCGCCUGGGGACAAUUCAAGCCCGGCGACGAGCUGCCGACCAAGGCCAAGUUCGACAGUGACGAUGACGACUGGUUCUGAGAGGACUGAGCGCUUUGUGGCUGCGGUAACUGCGCUCUAACCGCCCUCCGAGACGAGUCUGAUACUGUUGAAGGGGGAUGAUGUUGGUUGAUUGGAAUGUUGUUGGUAGAAGCUCGGCAAGAUAGCGUAGGAGUACAAGUACCGAGUCUUUCCAAAAGUUGGGCGUCAAGCAAUGUAAGCCGGGACACUUAUUGGAGAUGGU